CAUACAUUCCGAUCUCCUGUCAUCAAUGUACUUAUCGGAGCAGGUGUUAUAUGUGGACUCUGCAUCCUGUUUGUUAUUGGAAGGUGUAUGUUUCUUAAACGGCGAAAGGUCAACACAACUGACACAGUAGAAAUUGUUGAAAAUCACAGCGACACCUCGUCGGACAAUGGAGUGCUACAUAUAGCAACGGAAGGAGUCCAGUACGCAAUCGUGCAGAGGCAGGCGGCCACACAGAGGAUUGAAACUCAGAACCCACAUGAUGAUGAAUGCCUCACAUACGCUGAAUUGGACGUUAAGUUCCUACAGGCUGCCAACGCCAGAGUUCCGUCAAGGAAAAUGAAUACGCCGACGGAGUAUGCUGACAUUGAGUUCUUUUCGACACAGGGACCUGCUGUCGAACAUCCUGGGUACCAUUAUGCAUCAGUGUAGAUGUAGAUCAAAAACCAAUACAUAUAACCAAAACAUUCAGCCUUAUUGUAUUUUUUCGAGAUUGUAUUACAUAUGUAUCAUCUUUUACAAAAUGAAUUUACCAAUAUUGUAAAGUCUUGUUAAAUUGUUGUAGUAAUAAUUUAAUGUUUUUGUAAUUAUACAUAUAUUGUAUAUGAUUCACACCUUAAUCACACCACUUCUUAUAAAAAUGUUUUGUCAUAUGGUAGUUUUCAUAUGUAUGGUGCCUAGACUGUAAAACUAUUUUUUUAGAAAACGCAUAUUAUUAGAUUCUCAAAUGCUUUAGCAACAUGUUGUAUGCUUUCCACUUUUCGGCUGAAAUACAUUAAUCCUUUACGUGUAAUUUUCUUAUGUUUUACAAAUCAGGUUUAAUUCUGAACAGAAUAUUUUUGUUACGAUGUGUGUAAAUGUGUACGUGUACUUUAACGCGUAUCCAAAUACGCGUGUAAUACUUGCUGUACAACACGUAUGCGUAUUUUCAGUUUUUGACUCACUGAUAUUUAUAUAAUUUGCUUCUUCGUGCUAUCAAACAUGCCGUUACAAACUUCUGCAAUGUACAUACAACAGGAUGAAGUAGUGCACGAAAAAAUGGCCGACAUGGUCAUGUACAUUUUCAUUUAGUGGUUAACCUUUUCGCUGUAUGUUUUGAGGAUGAAACCAAAACAUUUACUUAUUAACGAUGCUUUGAUAUUUAUAUCACCAUGGCAAAACAUUUAGUAUGUGAAUAU